AUGGCUCCUUCAGACUCGCAGAAACAGCUGGUGUUGGCCAUAAUAGACUUCCUCAACACCAGUCUCAAGGAUGGAACGCUUACCGCAGAGCAUUCAGAGUCGAUAGAGAUCGCUACCUCAUGCCUUGGGGACACAUUUGGUGUUGACCCAUCCGAUGAGGCUGCCGUGAAAGAUGCCUUGGGCGGACAGUCUCUAGUGAACAUCUUCAGUGUCUACCAAAAGGUGAAAGGCACCAGGAAUACCGCUCCUGCAGCCGCCCCCAGUGAGGAACAAAAAGAGCCUAGCAAAACCGCUUCUCAGCCAGCUGGCGCUCCAACUCCUGAGUCCGAUAAGCUGAAGUCCGAGGGAAACGCUGCUAUGGUCCGCAAAGAUUACCCCGCCGCGAUUGACUGUUAUACUCGCGCUCUAGACAUUGCGCCUGCUAACCCCAUCUACCUAUCUAAUCGUGCUGCUGCAUACUCCGCCUCUGGGAACCAUACAAAAGCUGCUGAGGAUGCUGAGGUUGCCGUUGCUGCUGACCCCAAAUACGUCAAGGCCUGGAGCCGACUUGGACUCGCUAGGUUCGCUCUGGGAGACGCCAAAGGCUCCGCAGAGGCUUACCAGAAGGGCAUCGAGGCUGAAGGCAACGGUGGCAGUGAUGCCAUGAAGCGCGGCCUGGAGACAGCUAAGAAGCGCAUUGCUGAAAUGGAGAAGACUGAGAAUGAACCCCCGGCCGAAGCUGUUGAUGACGCUGCUGGAGCCACUCGUGGCGCUCCAGGCGGCAUGCCAGAUCUAUCCUCUCUUGCAGGCAUGCUUGGAGGUGGGGGUGGAGGCGGCAUGCCUGACUUUAGUACCCUUAUGAACAAUCCUAUGUUCGCUAACAUGGCCCAGAAUAUAAUGAGCAACCCUGACAUGCUGAAUAACUUGAUGAGCAACCCGGCCCUGAGGCAGAUGGCUGAGAACUUUGGAGGCGGCCGUGGCAGAGGAUCAGGCUCAGGUGGUCUUCCUGACAUGUCUGCGCUUAUGAAUGAUCCCAGCAUUGCCGAGAUGGCAAAGAAUUUCAUGGGAGGAAGAGGCGGUGGCCGCGGUACCGGCCCAAGCCCAUAA